AUGUAUGCACCGUGCAGCCGCAUCCUGCCCCCAUCAGUAUUCGGGCAAGGCACCCGGACACGGCGGUCCGCCUCCGACGCGACGCUAUCUAGGAGCCCUCGAAGCAUUGAAUAUAAAUUACACGAAAUUAUUGCGCGGCCACACAAUAAUCCCGCGCCGCUCUCGACGCGCGUCGCCAUUUUGAAAUUCGAGCGCGGGCGGGAGCGUUCUGAAACGCGGUGCGGCGACCCCGUGACCGCGCGCACAUAU